AUGUUAAGUGCUUCUAAAAUGCGUGCAAUAACAAAAACUCUGUCACUGAUUUCAAGCACUGUUUUUCAAGUCAGCAGGAGUCAGUUAAGAAAUUUCGCAGGAGCACUGACUCAGCAACAAGUGACCAUACCAAAUCAGGAGACCCUUACAGGUAGAAUUUUGCUAUAUUUAAACCCCGAGAAGGACCAGCAAUUGGAUAUUCCUAAGUAUACAUCAGAAACACUAAAGACCGUUCUGCAAAAUCAAAACCAGAUGCAUAAAUUAAGAACUAAUGAGCUUCUAAUAUUUGCCAACAACUUGACUAAUCACAAUCUUACUCGAAACGAACUACUAUUAGUAUUAAAGGAAUUAGAUACUGAAUGUUGCGUAAGGCUAUCUGAUUUAAGUUCUACAGAUAUUUUAAGAUUAUUAAAUAUUUACAUGAGUAUUAUUCCACAUCGUAUGACGGAUUUUAAGUUUUAUAAAUACUCCAUAAAAAUUUUAUUUGAUUCAUUGUCUAGUCUGAACAAGAAAGAUUUAUUGCAACUAAUGUUUUAUAUAGGCUUGAAAAAGAAAAAUUUAGAAACACAAACAAUGCUCCGACAGUGCAUAAGGUCUAUGGAUCAUAAAUUUAUAGAAAAUUUGAGUUGUGAGGAGUUGUGCAUAAUUUGCAACGCGACGUUUAAAACAAGCACAAAAAUAAUAAACAAAAAUCUGCUAGAAAAACUUAGGAGCUACAUCAGUAAUAAUUUAGCAGUGCUAGAUGAUCCAGCUUUGUUUGUUACUUUACUUAAAACACUGAGACACAACAGAUACCAAAAUGAUGAUUUGCUCAAUACUAUAUCUUACGCUAUGUUUUUUAAUAAAACUUUUACAUUCUAUUCAUUUACAAUGAUUUGCCAUAUCAUGGCUCUGUUUGCUGAUUACUUUUUUUACGAUGAGAAACUUUUUAAAUUUUUGACGAAUAAAUGCCUAGAGCAGCUCAGUGAAAGCCGUUUCAUUUCAAAAGAGAUACAUCCUACCGAACAACUGAGAGCAAAGGAUAUUAAAAGAUUUUUAUGGAUAAUGAGCAUGUUUAGUGAAAUGAAACUCAUUAAUCAUGGUGAUAUAAAAAAUGUGAUAAUGCCAAAAAUAAUGGAACGCAUAAGAGUUGGCGAACUUGUAGGAGAUGUAGAUUCGCUAGUGGAUAUAACUUUAUAUCUAUGGAUUCUCAAUUAUCACGCCAAUGAACUUGUGCCUUAUAUAUUUAAUAAUAACAAAUGGCAUCUACUAACUGCUAAUCCCAAAACGAAUUUAAGACUGAAUCUCUUGUUGCACGCAAUCCAUAGUGAAAACCCAGACUUAUGGAAAACAUUAAGAAGAAAACCAGUUGAAAAUCCUAAUAACUUUUCAACAUAUCAACUGCACAAGAGGCCGCUUAUGCAAAGACUGUUGAAUAAUUUACAAGGGAUACGAAGCAAAUUAGAUUUAAGUAAAUUCGAAUUAAGUCAGGACAUUCCAUAUUUAAAUAUUGUUGGAAUUACGGGGUAUAAAAAUGAAUUAAGCAAAGCUGUACAUGUAGAGGUGUUAGAUGAUUAUACUCGAAUAAAAAACAUUGAAGAAGAUGUACCUGUGGGGUUAAUGGCCCUGAAAUUAAGACUGUUAGAUCGUUCAGAAGAAGGAGUUUUAGUGGUAUCGCAAAAAGAAAUGGAAGAAAUGACCGACGCAGAUUUAAAUGAAUAUUUACUGGAUGAAAUAAAAUUAAUUUGUUAAAUGUGCUCGAUUGUGUUCCUACUAUUGGCAGUAUUUUUUUACCUAUUUAAGCUAUUUGUAUUAUAUUACAGCUAGUCCAUGGAAUGUUUGUACACAUGCUGUGUAUAUUUUCAUAUAUCUGCAUAUUGCAUGAAAGUUACCACUAUUUAGUCCAUUGUAAUAAAUAAUAAAAAUGUAACUUUAA